AUGCAGUGCUAUUCCGAGCUCAUUCCUCCUUCGGGCGUCACUCAUGCCCUCUCACUCUCCUUCACCUCAAGCAAUGCCGACAAUCUGAUCAUUGCGCGGACAUCCCUGCUCCAGGUCUUCCAAUGCAAGCCAGUCAAUGCCGGUCAGGAGACGAGACUUGUCUUGAUCGCCGAGUACAGCUUGGCCGGGACAGUCACCUCGUUAGGCAAAGUCAAGAUUGCCGACGCGAAAAGUGGAGGGGAUGUCGUCCUCAUUGCUCUUCGUGAUGCUAAGCUGAGCCUUAUCGAAUGGGACCCCGAGUUGCAUAGCAUAUCUACUCUGUCAAUACAUUUCUACGAGCAUCAUGAUCUCCAGUCCGCUCCGUGGCAACCUGAUCUCGCUGAGUGUGUCAGUCAUCUGACGAUUGAUCCAUCAAGUAGAUGUGCCGCCUUCAAUUUCGGCGUCAGUAAUCUCGCUAUUAUUCCUUUCCACCAGGCCGGAGACGAUCUGGCUAUUGACGACUUGGAUGACCUUGACGGGGAGGAUAAGGAAAAGCCUCUGCACACAGAGCAAGGUGACGGGCACAUUGAUGGGCCUCAAACGCCAUACAGUCCAUCAUUUGUUCUGCCUUUGACUGUACUUGAUCCUGGGUUGCUACAUCCUGUCGACAUUGCUUUCCUCCACGAGUAUCGCGAUCCUACCAUUGGUAUACUGUACUCUUCCGCUGCUCGCUCUUCAAACAUGAGCCCCGAGCGGCGGGAUGUCACGAUAUACGCGGUCUACGCCCUGGAUCUCGAUCAAAAGGCGUCAACCACUUUGCAAUCUGUUCAGAAGCUUCCCAAUGACCUCUAUCGGAUUAUUGCUCUUCCAUUACCAGUUGGCGGUGCUUUGCUGGUUGGUGGCAACGAACUGAUCCAUAUCGAUCAAGGAGGUAAAUCAAGCGCUGUGGCCGUGAAUGAAUUGGCGAGAGAGGCCUCUUCGUUUUCCAUGGCUGACCACUCCGAGGCUCGUCUGAAAUUGGAAGGCUGUCAGGUCGAGCACCUAGGAAAUGCAAAUGGCGACAUGCUGAUCAUUUUGAGGUCUGGAGAACUUGCUCUCUUGACGUUCCGGAUGGACGGUCGUUCGGUCUCUGGGAUGACGCUUCGUCGACUUGGAGAGGCACAAACUCAACGUCUGUUCAUGGGCGCAGCGUCUUGCACGGCAAAUCUCGGAACGAAUCGCCUCUUCAUCGGGAGCGAAGAGGCCGACUCAGUCUUUCUGGCGACGGAGAAGAAGGCCCCUCAGUUGAAGCGAAUCCGCUCCCGAGCGCAGAUACAAGCCACUGAAGUCGAGCCCCAGGAGGAUGACGACGAACAAGAUGGAUUCGACGAUGACGAUGAUCUCUAUGCCGAAAUUACCGACGGACGCAAUGGCCAUAUAUCAGGCGACCUGAGCGGCCAGAGCUUUCGACUGGUCGACCGGCUUACAUGCUUAGCACCAAUCAAUGAUAUUGCCUCAGGGACUCUGGGCAAGCGGAAGCGUGAUGAUGCCGAUGAAACAGACCGGCAUUAUUCACCAGAGCGCGAACUUGUCUGUGCAUAUGGUCGAGGCAAUGCUGGUGGGAUCGCGUUCAUCCGCAGGCAGAUGGAGCCAGAGGUAACGCAGCGAAUAAAGUACGACGACGCCACUGGACUCUGGUGCUUCAAUUCUAGCGGAAAAAAUCAGAACGAGAAUGUCGAGUCUCGAUUUGAUAACCUCAUUCUGGUCUCACAGGUGACUCCAGACGGCGUCGGGAAAUCUUCCUUGUUUUCACUGGCUGAUGACAGCCUGGUCCCAAUCGAGAACACCGACUUCGAUGAGUCGGCUGGCUCUACCAUAUCUGUCUUCAAAUUGGAAUCGACGAAUCACACAGUUCAAGUACUCUCGACAGAAGUACGCGUUUACGACGCCAAUUUCGGACUGUCCCAGAUCUUUCCUGUCGUGGAUGAAGAAGAAGGUCAGACAGCGAGGGCAGUCAAGGCCACUUUUGCCGAAUCGUAUCUCAUCCUCAUCAGAGACGACGGAAACAUGACUUUGCUCAAAGCCGAUAGAGCCGGUGAAUUGGAUGAAGUUGAAGUAUCCACGUCUCUCAAGAACAAGUCUGUCCUAUCAGCCUCGCUCUAUCAUGACAGUAGCGAUUUCUUCCAGACAUCAAGAUUCUAUGAGGGUGCUGGAGCGUCACGAGGACCGGUCCUCGCAUUGCUGACCUCUGAAGGGCAUUUCUCCUUACUGUCGCUACCAAACACCGCACUCGAGGUAUUUCAGUGUGAGAGCCUGCCGUUCCUUCCCACAUAUCUCAUGCAAGGCCUCCAAUUGCCGAAGCACUGGAGGAACAAAGACGAUCUGGCAGAAACACUCCUUGUCGACCUAGGGGACGCCACAGAUUUUCGACCAUACUUGGUCGCCCGCAACACGACAGGAGACGUCAUUCUUUAUGAGCCCUUCGUAGACCCGGAGGUGGUGGGAAGCUUCAAGUUCAAGAAAGUCUCCACCAAGCCAGCAGAGGCGCCUGAAGAUCAAGAUGAGGAAGAAGGUGAAGAGACUUCAUUGCGGCCGAUGCAUGUCAUGAAAAAUCUCGCCGGCCACGCUUCUGUGUUCGUCCCUGGACUGCAUCCAAUGCUCAUCCUGCGCGAAGCGUCCACGAUGCCUCGUGUUUACGAGUUGGGGUUGCAAAAUGUCAAUUCAAUGAGUGCAAUUCACACUGGGAGCUGCCGCAAUGGCUUCGUGUACAUCGACGAGUCCGACCAUCUCUGCUUCUCUCAGCUUCCUCCGGCGCUAAUGCUGGGCCACUCAGACUGGGUCAUCAAGCGCGUCCCGCUCGGCCAGGAUAUCGCCUCUAUUAGCUACUUUGCUCCUACAAACUCCUACGUCCUUGCCACAAACCACGCUGUAGACUUCCAACUUCCCCAAGACGAUGAAUGGCAUCCUGAAUGGCAGAACGAAGCCACGACCUUGCUCCCCGCCACGGUGCAAUCUACACUUCAGCUUCUCAGCUCGAAAACCCAUCGAGUCAUAAGCCAGUACACCUUUGACGACUCCGAAAGGAUCCUCUCUGUGAAAUCACUCAAUCUAGAGGUUUCCGAGGAGACGCACGAACGCAAAGACCUGAUCGUCGUGGGCACAGCUCUGGUCAAGGGAGAAAACGUCACCACGCGGGGGAAUCUGUACAUAUUCGACGUUGUGGACGUCGUCCCCCAGCCGGAUGUGCCCGAAACAGAUCUCAAACUCAAGCUCAUAACACGAGAAGACGUGCGCGGUGCCGUCUCUGCGAUCUCGGGCGUGGGGUCUCAGGGGUUCCUCCUGGCUGCGCAGGGCCAGAAAUGCAUGGUGCGCGGGUUGAAGGAGGACAUGUCCAUCCUGCCCGUCGCGUUCUUGGAUAUGCGAUACUACGUCCACGUCGCCAAGGAGCUUCCCGGAACAGGUCUCUGCAUUUUGGGAGACGCCUUUUCCGGGCUAUGGCUGGUAGGGUACUCGGAGGAACCGUACAAGCUGCAGAUUCUGGGCCGUGACCUGGAAAACCCGGCCGUGCUCGCCGCCGAGUUCUUGCCGGACGGGAAGCAACUGUACAUCAUUUCCUCGGACGAGGAUGGCACGUUGAGGGUGUUGCAGUAUGACCCGGAAAACCCAAAGACGGAGCGCGGAACAAAGCUCCUGUUGAGAAGCACAUUUCACACGGGAGCGGUUCCGACGACCAUGACAUUAAUAGCACCGCCAUCUGUUUCCACUAACCACGUCGACUCUGACGAGAUGGACCUCGAGGACGACUCUCACAACACCAAUACGCAACCGCAACCUCCUUCUCAGAUCCUCAUCACCACACAAUCCGGCAGUCUCGCGCUCCUCACCCCUCUCCGCGAAGCCACCUACCGCCGCCUCUCCACGCUGCAGAACACCAUCCUCGCCACCCUCGACCACCAGCCCGCGAGCCUCAACCCGCGCGCAUAUCGCCAGGUCGAGACCGACGGGAUCGGCGGCCGCGGCGUCAUUGAUGGAGAUCUGGUGAGGAGGUGGUGGGAGACGAGCACGCAGCAGCGCGUCAACAGCGCUAACAAGGCUGGUGGGAGUAUUUGGGAGCUCCGGGGUGAUUUGGCCAUGAUUACAGGUGCGAAUCUUGGGUUCUAA